CUUCUUGGAUUGCAAUUGAUUGAACAAGUCAUAGACCGCAACACCACCCACCAUUAGAAAACAUUUCCAAUUUCAGACACGUCUCUGUCUCCUCCUCUACUUCUGCCACUCUUCUCGGCACCCAUGUUCCCCUUCUAAUCCCUCCUUAUAAACCCUUCUAAUUCCUCUCCUUUUCCCUACAUCUCAACCCUCUCUUUUUUCUCUAACAAUGGUGGACCAACCGGCUAAGGAUACCUCAAAGGCGACCAAGAUUACGCCGCUGCUGAAAGAUGAGCUUGAUAUUGUUAUUCCAACUAUUCGGAAUCUUGAUUUUUUGGAAAUGUGGAGGCCCUUUUUUGAGCCCUACCAUCUGAUUAUUGUUCAAGAUGGGGAUCCCACGAAGACUAUUAAUGUUCCUGAGGGGUUUGAUUAUGAACUUUAUAAUAGGAAUGAUAUUAAUCGGAUUCUUGGUCCUAAGGCUUCUUGUAUUUCCUUCAAGGACUCUGCUUGUCGUUGCUUUGGUUAUAUGGUCUCCAAGAAGAAGUAUAUCUUCACUAUUGAUGAUGAUUGCUUUGUUGCUCAGGAUCCAUCUGGAAAGCCAAUCAAUGCACUUGCGCAGCAUAUCAAGAAUCUUCUGUGCCCAUCGACUCCAUUUUUCUUCAAUACCCUUUAUGAUCCAUACAGAGAAGGUGCAGAUUUCGUGCGUGGAUACCCUUUCAGCCUACGCGAGGGUGUUCCUACUGCUGUUUCCCAUGGCCUCUGGCUCAACAUCCCUGAUUAUGAUGCUCCUACACAGCUCGUCAAGCCUCUCGAGCGUAACACCAGGUAUGUUGAUGCUGUCCAAACAAUCCCAAAGGGCACCCUUUUCCCUAUGUGUGGUAUGAAUUUGGCUUUCGACCGAGAUUUGAUCGGACCCGCAAUGUACUUUGGUCUCAUGGGUGAUGGUCAGCCAAUUGGUCGUUACGACGACAUGUGGGCUGGCUGGUGUAUCAAGGUGAUAUGUGACCAUAUGGGACUAGGAGUGAAGACAGGGCUGCCAUACAUCUACCACAGCAAGGCAAGCAAUCCAUUUGUAAACCUAAGGAAAGAGUACAAAGGUAUAUACUGGCAGGAAGAGAUCAUUCCAUUUUUCCAAGCUGUAAGUCUUCCAAAAGACUGCACCACUGUCCAAAAAUGCUACAUUGAACUCUCCAAGCUUGUUAAGGAAAAGCUUAGCAAAGUCGAUCCUUACUUUGAUAAGCUUGCUGAUGCUAUGGUCACUUGGAUUGAUGCCUGGGACGAGCUUAACCCGUCAUCAUCUGCUGCUCCUGCUAAACUUGCUGCCAAUGGCAGUGCAUAAUUUAUUAAAGUUUUGAUUACGCUUUUGUUUUAUCAUCCUUUUGUGUUUAAUUUAAUUUUAUUACGUUGAGAGAAAAGUAGAAGAGAACAAAAAAGUGAUGUUUUUAUUUAUGGUGUAAUUUUUGUUUUUGUUCAUUAACUUAUUGUUAUGAGUUUUUUGAGAAAUUAAUAAAACAGUUUUUCUUA